CCCAGUGUAUGAAAUCAAUAGAGAAUUGUUUUCUCUCCAUCUUUUAUGCUCUGUUUUUUUCCUUCUUCUGCAAUUCUUGUUACCCGAGAAAAAGAAAAAACCCAAUGGCAGACUGGUCCCAACUCCCCAAGGAACUCUUGGGCCUAAUCGCCGAACGCCUCAACAGUCCCUUCUACCAGCUCCGAUUCCGAUCCGUCUGCUCCUCAUGGCGCUCCUCCUUCUCCCCCAGACCCCUCCUGCGCUUGCCGGGCCGUUUCCCCUUCAUUCAGGGCGACGGAAUCACGGACUCCACAUGGGGCUUCCACCUCUCCCGGCGCACCAUAUUCCUCAUCAGGUCCCCCGAUGCUCGUUCCCAAACACCCCCCAAUUCAUCCUGGCUCGUCAAGGUUGAAGAGAUCCAUCCCAGUCGAAUGCGCUUGCUGAACCCACUCUCUCGGGUCCAACUCAAGCCCUUGCCAACCUCUUUUCCUAACGCAAUGGACCUAACCUAUUUCAACGUUUUGGAAUUGGGCCAAGAAUAUGUCCUACCCUUCGGGGACUCUUUCGGUGAUCUCGGAAACUUGUACAUGGAAAAAGUUGCGUUCAUGAGCUUGGGUUGUGGAGAAAUCAACGAGGAAUUCUUGCUGCUCACUAUUCACGUUUCUGGAAAAUUGGCUUUUUUUAAGUCUGGCGACAAGCGGUGGACCAUAAUAGACGAUAUGCCUUCCUAUGACGAUGUCAUUUUGUUUCAAAGGGAGUUCUACGCAGUUGAUGACACGGGGAGGACGGUUCUUCUCGGGUUGUCAUUGGAUGUGAGCUUGGUUGCCGAGUCUGUGUAUGGCGGGGACAAGAAGUUUCUGGUCGAGUCCAAUGGUGAGUUGUUAUUGGUUGAUAUGUAUUUGAGUGAGGGGUAUGUGGAUGUUGGUGAUGGUUUUGAUAUUGAUGUUUACGAGGUUUUUGAUGAGUACGUGGGGGAGAGAACGGUUCGGUUUAAGGUUUUUAGGUUGGAUAUAGAGGGGAAGAGGUGGGUGGAGGUGGAUAGCUUGAGGGAUCAGGUGUUGUUCUUGGGGGAUGAUUGUGCGUUUUCGGCGUCUAUGGCGGAGUUGUCGCUAUCGGGUUGUAUCAAAGGGAAUUGCGUGUUGUUUCCGGAUAAUUUCUUUUACAUGAGGGGUGAAGGAGGUAGUAGUGUCAGUGAUGGAGUUUUCAAGGGUCCGGAUAUAUGUGUGUUUGAUUUGGAUAAUGAUAGUAUUGCGCUUUUGGGAGAUUGUCCGGAGUAUUCGAGGCUGUUUUGGCCGCCUCCGGAUUUGGUGGUAUUGACAAAUUUGACCGUGCAAAAUCAAUUUGAAGAACUGUCCUUUUGAGGCGAAGAUUAUUUUCUUGAUUUUCUGGCCCGUUAGAUUGAUGUGAAAGUGCUUGGUGGGUCAAGCAUGAAGAGGAAUUUGAUCUAAACAUCCGUCUGGGAUGGUGGUGGUGGCGGCAGCAGAGACAUCAGCAUAAGGUUGUAGCUAUUGUCAUGGCUUAUGCAUCCUGAAGAUUGCGUCUUGAACAACAGAAUUCAACCAUCUCAAUGACCUAAUAAUCUUGCCAAUUGCUUUGCUACCUUGCUAUAUUUGCAUCUGGGAGCAUCUGCACAUCUCCCACACAGAUUUUUAGUGCUAUUUAGGAUUAGGGAAGAUAAAGAGGAGCUACGGCUGAGCAAUCUGUGCUGGCCGAACCUGGGCUGCUUUUUGUUUUUGUCAUGGCGAAUUUCUGAUUAUAACAGUUGGGGCUGCAUUAGGUACAUAUGAGUCAUAUGACAGGGAUUGAAAACAAUAAGCAGGUCCUAAAAGAGCUGUUGAUUUUUCUCUCUCUUCGUCUUCCUGUGAGAGAAAAAAGAGAGAGAGUCUUAUAGUGUGAACUGUUUUGCCGGAGGAGAGAGGCUCCUUUCCCUCCUCCCGGUAGUGCUUUUUGUUUUGCUCUCAGCCUUUGAGCUGUAGAGUUCCUUGGUUCCCCCCGGUAAUACCGGUGGAGGCUGGUGUUCCCCUAGCUCCUUUUGAGCUAUGGUGGUUUUGUUGUUGUUUUUCUUGUUUUAUUUCUUCUGGUUUCUGGUAGGGAGAUCCAACUCAAGAAGUCCAGUGGGGAGUGGCCGGCAUCCUGUGUCGUCGACGGUGUGUUUCUGGCCGGAUUUUAGUGUUUUCUUGCAGCGGAGUUGAAGCUAGAUCUACGCACAUCCGUCGAUUUCUGCUUGACACGCGCCACUCAGCCGCGUUCCCCGUCGCUUUCCGCCCCUACCGCCGGAAGUAUUGCUCGCGUGCUUCAUCGGAGCUCGGCGAGUGGUCCUCACGCGCCAGAGUGUUUUUGCUCUCUGAUUGCGCGUGAAGGCCACGCUCUGCCUUUUCAAGCCGUGCUUGGCGGCGUCUGGGGUCUUCGGCGUUGGAGCUGCUGCUUGGUGCUCCCGGUGUCGGCGCGUGUACUACACGCGCCGCCACUCUGGCGAAGUCUGCCUUUUCUCCACUGUUUUGGCGCCUUGUUUUUAGGUUUUUCUCUGCCUUUGUGUUGUGCAUUCCAUUUGUUUCCUUGGUACAGUUUGUUUCUGUAUUGCAUAACUUUUACUGGAAUUUGUGUUCGCUAAUUGCUAGAUCGGCCCUCUUUUAUGUUGAGAGUGUGCGUAAAUGUAAAAAGAGGCCCAAAUGUAAUUCUUGUAAUGUUUAUGUUUCUGCUUCGACAGCUGUUUUGAAGUCAGAUCCUUCUGACUUCAAGUUGUAAGGGUCUUAGACCUCCUUCUCAUCUAAGCCUUCGGACCUUUUCAGUUAAUACACUGGAUAGCAUAUGCUAUCAUGUUCGAAAAAAAAAUAAGCAGGUCCUAGAGAAAGUUGAAAUAUUAGUUUCUUUUUAUUUAUUUUUUA